GACAUUCCCAUCCCCUUCGGAGGACCGAGUCGAGGAACGAGGAGGUUUCAGCGAGGAUACUCCACAAGUGCAGCCUUGGCAGAAGUAUUUUUCCUUUCGGAACGCGUGGCAUGUAAAUUAUCCACACCUCAAUAUAUGUCACAGUUCGAAACAUGGAGGGAAUACAGGCGUACAAAUGGACUGAUGAGGAAACUGCUAGUCUCAUUCGGCUGAAGUCUGAAAAUCGCCUCUUGACGGGGAAGAAACAUACAAAAAAAAAAGCUUGGGAGGGAAUUCUUCAACAGAUAGGCCUACAGGGCCAGUUGAGUUCUGCGCAGGUCGCAAAAAAGUGGCACAAUCUGAAGCAAAGGUAUAAGGAACUCAGACGCUCUGCUACAGGGACGGGGUCAGACAAUGGAGAAGUCACAGCAGACACUUGGCCGUGGUUUAGUGCAAUGCAUGAGGCCAUCGGUGGGGGGAAAUCUAUCAACCUUCCUGUCCUCAUGGAUGUUGCAGAAAACCCGGCACACAUGGCUGAUGAUGCCUCAGAUGCCAGUGGUUCAUCUCCUGGAUCUGUGGCGGCCGCCUGUAGCCAGAUGAUUGUGGUCGAGCUGGAGGAUGACACACUGGCCUUUUCUCCAUACACUUGGACAGUUGAGGAAACAGUCAGCUUUAUUCGACUGAGGUCUGAAAAUGAUCACCUCUUCACGGGGAAGAGGCAUACAUCCAAAAAAGUUUGGCGGGACCUUCUUCAGCAGAUGGGCCUUCAGGGCCAAGUGAGCCCCACACAAAUUGCUAAAAAGUGGGACAAUCUGAAGCAAAAGUAUAAGGAACUCCGACGCUCUGCUGCAGGCACGGGGUCAGACAGUGGAGAGCUCACUGCAGCCUCUUGGCCGUUGUUUACUGCAAUGCACGAGGCCAUCGGCGGGGGGGAAACUAUUGCAGAAAACCCGGCAAAUAUGCCUGAUGAGGAGGUGGAGGAAGACGACGCACAGGCCUUUCCUCCUCACGCUUGGACAGUUGAGGAAAUAGUCAGACUCAUUCGACUGAGGUCUGAAAAUGAUCAUCUCUUCUCAAGGAAGAGGCAUACAUCCAAAAAGAUUUGGCGGGAAAUUCUUCAACAGAUCGGCCUGAAGGGCCAGGUGAGCCCCACACAAAUUGCAAAAAAGUGGGACAAUCUGAAGCAAAGGUAUAAGGAACUCCGACGCUCUGCUACAGGGACGGGGUCAGACAAGGCAGAUCUCCCAGCAGCCACUUGGCAGUGGUUUACUGCAAUGCACGAGGCCUUCGGGGGAGAACCUAUGGAUCUUCCUGUCCAGAUGGACUCGUGUGCAGCAGAAAAGCCGACACAUGUGGUUGAUGAGGCCUUGGAUGCCAGUCGCUCAUCCACUCAUGGAUCCGUGGCGGCCGCUUGUAGUCAGGCCUGUGUGGAGGAGGAGGAGGAGGAGGAGGAGGAGGAAGAGGAGGAGGAGGAAGAAGAAGAAGAAGAAGAAGAAGAAGAAGAGGAGGAAGAGGAGGAAGAGGACAGGCAUCGUUUUUCUCCUUACCCUUGGACACAGGUGGAAACUCUCAGCCUAAUUCUGCUGAGGUCUGAAAGUGAUCACCUCUUCACGGGGAGGAGGCAUACGGCCAAAAAAGCUUGGGAGGGAAUUCUUCAACAUAUGGGCCUAAAGGGCCACGUGAGCUCUGCACAAGCUGCAAAGAAGUGGAACAAUCUGAAGCAAAAGUAUGAGGAACUCCAACGCUCUGCUGCCGGAAUGGGGCCAGUCGGGGGAGAGGCCACAGCAGCCACUUGGCCGUGGUUCACUGCAAUGCGUGACGCUGUCGCCGGUGACUCGUGUGUCGCAGAAGACCCAGCACGUGUGGCUGAUGAGGCCUCAGAUGCCAGUGACUCAUCUUCUCCUGGAUCGCCCACUUAUAGUGUGGUGUGUGUGGAGGUGGAGGGGGAGGAGGAGGAGAGGGAAGAGGAGAGGGAGGAGGAGGAGGAUGGAGAGGAGGGUGAAGAUGAGGCACAGCCUGGAAGCCACACACAGGAGGACAGUGAGCCAUGCACCUCUGCCUGUCCCCCAUCCCCCAAAAGGAGAAAGACCUGUCAGGGAGACAUUCUCCAGUUCCUGAAGGAGGAGGCCGCCAAAGAGGAAGAGCGUUUCAGGGCCGCUCUGGAGAGCACAAAUAGAUUCCUGGACCUUUUCGAGAGAUUGGUCAACAAACUGUAAAUAGUUCCAUGGGACACGUAUGUGAAGCAGUGAGUUGCCCCACCAGUCGAUUUUGGACCUGAUGGAGCCAUGCCCCUGUCGUCCUCCAUGGGCUAAAGGAUGUCACCCAAUGUGAGGCAGAUGUUGUGGUUGAGGUUCCUCAACACCUUUUGGGCUCACUCUGCUCCAGCCGUGACACCUAUUUGGAAGAGGAGCAGGAUCAACAAGACCAUGCAACAGUUGCACAGUACAAGUGGUGAUGACCAAAGGUGUGGUCCACCUUAAGAGCCUUGGAGAGCAGGCACCUCCAGUGUAUCUUCAACAUGCCAAAAGCCUGCUGAAUUAUGGGGUGAGUCUCGUCAUGGUGGUGGGUUAAGCGGCUCUAUACCCUCCUUAACAGUGGCUCUCGAUGAUGGCCACAGCAGGAUGGUUGAUGCAGGGCUAGCCUCCAUCGCUCACAAGUACCGUGAAGGUGGGGUGGGCAAUAGAGAUACAAUUAAUAGUGGGAUAAUCAUCACAGCAUUACAAUAAACAUUCAUGUGUUCGGUAAUUUUGCUAUUACCAAACUGUUAAGUCACAUCCAUGUUCUCAUUGAAUACUAUUCAUAUAGCCUGUCCUGUUUUGGUAAACCAAAAUGCUAUAAUUUUCUUAUAUAUCAAGUCAGACAUAUUUUGUAAACUUGUAACUCAGUUACAGGUGACAGUUUUCAGGCAUGAUAUCUCAAUUUGAGACCAUGCUAUUGCAACAAUACAAUUAUAUGGUGAGAUGAUAAACACUUUUCGCUCACCCUUAUUUUAACUUACCCCUACCCUUUAUAUACAGCCCUGCCUGGAGGAGGGUACAGGGCCUCUUCGUAGAUCCUGCCACUCUUCAAGACUCUUAUCAUCUUGGCCAGGGCCAGGAUAUCCCAUGAAUGUACUGAGGAACUUGACCUUCCCUUUGCAUUGUGCCUCCUCCCUGUAUGGAUGGGAUGAGUUCCUGUUGAGGUAUUCCUGGUAUUCUUGGAGCUUCCUGUUAGAGGUAUUCCAGGAAGAAAGCAUAUCUUUUUUGGAAUCGAACGCAGCCUUGGUGUGGACAUGGCACCCACACACUUGAAGAACACCAAGCUGUUGGCCUAAUAUGCAAAGUAUUGGUCAACCUACACUGUUUCUCCAGCAGUGGGCAGCCAAAUGACUUCCUGGUGAAGGGCAGCACUACAGCCUAAUUGAUAGGUGUCACAGAUUCACUACAUCCUUUCUAUUCUUGUGUACAAUGGCAUCCCUGGCUUGGAAUGGUAUAAAAAGUCAUCACUACAAAGGUUCUGGAUUCAGACUGAUUCAGAAUAUGUUUCAUGUAUUUCUGACAACUGCCGUUCCUGUAAAUAAACAUGAUUUUAAUCAA